ACUCAAAAAACCAAGUGUGUGAAGGUGAAGAUUUCCAGGGAGCUAAAUGCCCACCCUGAGGGAAAUAAGGUCAAAAUACAAUUUAAUUGCUUUGAAGUCAGUGUGGGACAACAUCUCUACGUAACCAUGACGACAAUUCCAAAUUAUUGUGGAGUUAAGCUGACUCAAGAAUAUUACGUUGAAGACUGCAGAAACAAUGAUGUGGGGAAAAAUAUUCCAGAUUGUUUUGUGAGCAAAAUGGCUUAUAAUGUGGACAGAACAAGAAAAACUAUUUCAGUGAAUAUUUCAGAUGUCCAAAACAGAGACUGUUAUGUCCGUUUAUGUCAUCAAAGAUUUGUAUGUGAAGAUGUGGGGCCUGUCACUUUGAUUCAGGGAAAAGACGCGAUGAAAUCUGCUUCUUUGCAAUACACUCAACUUCUGCCUUGUCUGUGCAUUGAGGUGUGGCCGGCAAUUUUAGAUGCACGAAGAAUGCAGUUGUGCCCAUUCAAGAAUGGUAACACAGUUCUGGAGAAAGAUAUGAAGUAUAUACCUCACGCUUCUGCCUUG